GCAUGAUUUCCUUCUUUUUUUAAUCUGCUCCAUGUCUACCCACUGCAGCUUUAAGGUACCACUGGAGUUGAGGAGCUGGUAGGAUCACUAUCUUGGGCUGUAUAAACACUCUUUGUUUCGACGACGCGAUGACGUCACGGUGUGAGCUGGAGGCAAAACAAAGCAACGCUUGGAGGCACACUAAGAUACACAUCACCUCAAAGUAGCGGGCUAAACUGAACCUACACAGCCAACAUGUCCUCUUGCUGUGUCUUUGGCUGUCCUAACAGAAGGAGUCUUGACUCCAGCUUUAAGUUUUAUCGCAUCCCAGCUGUUAGAAAGAGAAGAGAACGAUGGCUGAACGCGAUACAACGCACAGACUGGACUGAAGCGAUCAUCAACAACGCUCGAGUCUGUAACGCUCACUUCAUAUCAGGAGAGGCCUCUAUGAAUGAAGACAGCCCAGACUACGCCCCCUCUGUGUUUCCUUGUGGAGAAAAUAUGGAGAGGCUGGAAAGAAAAAGGAAAAGGAAAAAGCCGACAGUGGAGCAGGAGGAUCCUUGCCAAGGUCUUCCAGUUGAUGAUGAUCCAAUGACAGCAGAGGAACCAGUGGAAGAAGCUGAGAUUGUGGUCCCACUAGUAGACUACCACAGUCUCAUUCAAAAGUACGACCAGCUCAGCGGUGAAUACGGCAACUUGAGAAACGACUUUUACAAACUCAAAGAAGAGAACGCGAGAUUGAAAGAGGAGCUUCGGAAAUCAAACUUCUCGUUCUCCACGGUCAAAAACAACGCCGCUCACUUUCUGUUUCUCACCGGGCUAACUUCAGUCAUCUUCACUUGGUUAGUGACAAAAAUAAAGGAGAGCGUGCAGAAGCAAACUGAAAGUCUCAUGCUGGAAGAUCACUUAUUAGUGGUCCUUAUGAAACUGAGAUUGGGGCUCAGUAACGGAGAUAUAGCGUAUAGGUUCAACGUUUCUGAAUGCACAAUAUCAAACGUUCUAAGAUCCUGGUUGCCUGUAAUGGCAAACAUAUUGAAAUCUAUUAUUAAGUGGCCACGUCGGGGCGCUGUCCUUAAAAAUAUGCCAAAAAGUUUCAGGCGGCAUUUCAAGAGAUGCAGAUGUAUAAUAGAUUGCACAGAGAUUUUCAUAGAGAGACCUACGGACUUGAAUACUAGAGCUCAAAGCUGGUCCAAAUACAAACAUAACAACACAGUUAAGUACCUGGUGGGAAUAACACCCGCAGGGGCAGUUUCAUUUCUGUCUCCAGGCUGCGGUGGAAGCGUGUCAGACAAGCAAAUAACACUUGAAUCAGGCUUUUUGCACCUAUUGGAGCCGAAAGAUGAAAUCUUAGCAGAAAGGGGAUUUCUGAUCAGGGAUGAGCUCGCUGCAUGCGGUGCCACCUUGCGUGUACCAAGUUUCACGAAAGGAAAGAGUCCGUUACCCGCGUGUGGAGUAGAUUCAUCAAGACGACUGUCUCGUGCGAGAGUACACGUAGAGAAAGUUAUAAGCAGGUGGAAGAGUUUCAAAAUUUUGCAUUCUGUUAUUCCAGUUUCCCAAGUUAGCCUUUUGGAUGACAUGGUGAUUGUGUGUGGUGCUCUUACCAAUCUCUGUGAAUCUGUAGUGCCCAGAAAAGAAAGAGUAGGUAGUGUAUGAAAUGUAGUGUGGGCAGAGCUGCCAAGUCCGCUUAUUAUAACCGACUUUGGGCAUGUUUUCCUAAAAAGUCGCUUACAAAUAUUAGUAGUAGCAGGUUGUUUUUUUGUACUUGUUAGUUGGUUAUUUGGGCUUGCUCGUGUCUCUCUCCUCUAUAGAGAGCCGACGUCUCUCCCCUUCCGGUGGACCCCAUGGGACCUUAUUUCAGAAAAAAAUAUGAACGUCAGGCAACGGAGAGGGAUAAAUAUUUUUUUGAUCCCGUUUGAAUUGCGCCACGAAUCACACGACAAUGUUUGUCGAUUUGAAACAUAAUUUUUUUGCAAGUCAAGAAAGUUUAGAAUUUAAUUGAAGAUGUAUGUACGUAACAUCCAAAGUCAUUGUUAUUUUUAUAGUAUGACAUUAGAGUACAGUAACAUUGUAAAGUAAGAGGUGGCUAUUUGCUAUAAAUAAAAAUGUCAGACAUCGUAA